CCAUUUCUCCUCUCUUUCUCUUCUUGGUGCAGCUGCUCUGGCUAUGAGGAGCAGCCACAAGAAAAAUAAACAAUGGCAGCAUCGGCAACAUCCACAAGAUAUCAACUCCGCCUCCUACUAACAAAUCUCAUCGUCUCCGUAGUAUUAAACUAUGCCCAUGCAAAAGGUCAUCAUCCUGGGAGACAACAGAGAUUACACAGUAUUCCACCUGAUGCCGUUGACAGACACGAGUUUAUAAGCGAACACAACGCAGUUCGAGCGAAAUUUAGCGAACAGCCAUUGACAUGGAACAGUACUUUAGCACGUUACGCACGGAGAUUCGCGUCUCAGAGAGUCGGGGACUGUGACAUGAUCCAUUCUAAUGGUCCUUUCGGAGAAAACAUCUUUUGGGGUGGCAAAUAUGAAGAUUAUUCUGCUGCUUUCGCUGUUAAGAGCUGGGCAGCUGAAACAUCAUCUUAUAAUCCGUCGCUUAAUUCUUGUCAAAUGAAUGCAAUGUGUGGACACUUUACACAAAUUGUCUGGACGACUACUAAAAGGAUGGGAUGCGCACGCGUCAAAUGCAACAAUGGAGGUGUUUUUGCGAUUUGUGUUUACGAUCCUCCCGGUAAUUUUGAAGGUGAAAAUCCUUUCACUGGUAUCCCCCAAAUAGGAGGAAUAACAACGAAUUCAUUAUCUGAUGACGUUAGAUUGUCAGAGAAUACCAAGACUAGCCAAAAGCCGGUAUUUACAGUCAAUAACAUCUUGCCAAAUCUAACUCCAGUGAAAAGUGCACCAGCACCUGCUCAACAAGCAUCCGUUGCAUCCCUGAUGGGUAAUGCACCAGCACCUGCUCCACAAGCAUAACUUAAGUUCCGCGGUACUAGUCGCGAAAUCCGUCGAACAUUGUUUAUGAUGCUUUCAUAAGAACCAUGAAGCUUGAUUAAUAUUGGAAACUUAUGGAAGAGAAAUGUGUUGUUUGAUGAGAUUUGCUGUUGUUGUUAUUGUUCUUUAAAAUGUAUACUUGUGUGAUAUUUGGAUGUACUAAACCAAAAUCUAUAUAAGAGAGAAACAGAGAGAAGCUUUUGUACGAUUAAACAAAAGUUUUUAUUGUUUGAAUUUUAGAUAGGAGAAUACAUGAGUCCAAAUAAUGAAAUUGGAUUUUUAAUCUUUUGAUAUUA